AUUGGGCCCCCGGGCAAUAGGGGAUCAUGGGGCCCCUGUGUCCUUGCCCACACUCAAAAAAGCCUAUGAAAAAGGCAUAGCGCCUGUCAAAUGUGACCCAUCCAAGUGAACGGCGCCGCCCUGCAAGUGCAUGCAAUGCACGCAGUUGAGGAACGCUUGCUCAGGGUCCAAGGGGUUAAAGCAGAUGGCCUGGACCAGGGGUGGACUGACAACUCAUGGGGCCCCCGGGCAAUAGGGGAUCAUGGGGCCCCUGUGUCCUUGCCCAAACUCAAAAAAACGUAUGAAAAAGGUACCAGGGGCAUCUCAUGGGGCCCCCUACUGACCCCGGGCCCUGGGGCAGUGCCCGAGUUUCCAAAUGGUCAGUCUGCCCCUGGC